GAUCAUCUGAAUAAAAUUUCAAAACAUGGCGGAUUGGGAAGAGAUAAAACGAUUAGCAGCUGAUUUUCAACGUGCUCAGCUUAGCAGCACGGCACAUAAGCUUUCUGAAAGAAACUGUAUCGAGAUAGUUCAGAAAUUGAUCAGUCUUGGGCUCGUGGAAGUGAUAUAUACAACAGAUGGAAAAGAAUAUUUGACUCCACAGCAACUUGAAAGAGAGAUCAAAGACGAACUCUUUGUACACGGCGGUAUUAAAAUGUUAUGAACUGAUCUUUCGUUUGUCGGUACGAACUGAAUAGACGUAAUAGUGUUUUUUUUUUCAUCUUUUGUUAACAGGGAGAGUCAAUUUGGUGGAUUUACAACAGGUAAGAAAGUAUGUGUUACCACGUGAAUUCUGUGAAGUGAUGACGUGUUUUUAAAACUCAGAAAAUAUAUUAUUUUCAAUUAGGAAAAGUGUGUUUAAAAUUUAUUUCAUAUCCGGAUUUGAUUGAUCUGUUGUUUUUAUUUCAUUUCUAGUCACAGAUGCUAGUAAAGGUGACAGUUUACGUGCCACCUAUCCGGGUGGGGAGGGGGAGUUAAGGGGGAGGGGGUCCCCAAUUUCAAAGUGACCAGGAUGAGAGCACCGUGAGAAAGACCCUUGCAUAAUUUAUUCUAUUAAAUCCUUAUUCUGCUUUUUAAUCAUAUGAUUUUUAAAUAUGCUCUUUCAUGCAGUCAUCUCUUAGUACAAUUAAUUAAUAUGAAUCCAUCAUUUUAUAUGAAAACAUGACCAGUUCCCAGUUGGACUGAUUUGAUAGCUCAGUUGGUCAGAAAAAUAAGCUAGUGUUGUAGGGUCGUGGGUUCAAAUUCUGUUCAGGCCUUUUCACAACUAUUCACAUGUAAGCUGUGUUUAUAACUGAGAGUCUUUCCUCUCAGAGAUUCCAUCUCUGUCAACUGACAAAAAGGAAGGUUUGUGGAGCAGCAUAGCUGUGCCAAAAAAGGCACAAGCCAAAUGGGGUGCAGGGGUACUAGGAUAUGUGCAAGAUGCCAUUUCCUGCAUUUUGACCCACAAAUGGAAAAAGAGUUUUUAACAGGAUAUGUGCCUCUUGGUCCCUAUCACAUCAAUUCCAUGCAUUUUAAGAUCAUGGUCAGAUACCAAAAGGGUAAAAAUAGUGGAAAACCAAAAAAAGCAGUGGAGAGUCUUGGUAAAAAGACUGGUUGGUCCCUUUAUCACAUCAGUACAAGAGUUUCCAAAAACUGGGAGAAAAUUAUCGAAAACAGGAGGUCAAAUAUUUGCGCGGAUUUCACCAAAACGGGAGGGUUGAAAAAAAACAUUAUGAAAACAUUAUAAAGAGGUCCUGUGAAGGUAAAAAUAAUUCCAACAAGCAACGCGACCUUGAAACAGCAUUAUAAGACAAAAAAUAGCGACUAACAAUAUCAAGAUCCAACAAGUUUAAUCCUUGAAUAGUGCCUGUCUUUUUUAAUUCAGUGCCCCCCACUUCCCAGGUCCACAUAUGCUGUGAACUUUGUAAACGUAAGAGUCAUCCAUGAAUAUAACUGUGGCUUUCAUUCUUACUUAAGUCAGCCAAUGGCUUAUUUGGAUUUUUUCUCUUUAGAUUAUUAGUGUGGACCUAAGUCAUAUUGAAAACAAAGUCAGUGAUAUUGUGAAACAUGACAAGAACCUGAUUGUUGUCCAAGGAGAACUAAUUGACAAGUAAGAAGAGUGCAUUAUGUUGUACUAAAAACUAAAGAAAAUGUUUAAUGCCAGAUUUGGAAAUUUUUGCACCAUCAAAUACCAGAAUCACGUUUAAAAUAGCGAAAUUAUGUGAUAUGUGACCGUGCAAGGGAAAACGUACCUUAAUGCUUAUCCAUUAAAUCCUCUCUAACGGACGCAUAGCUAACAGAUUGUUAAUGGCCUUCACAGCAUUCUAACGUUUUGUCCUAACGUUCUAACGGUUAUCUAGUAAUGUGCCUAACGGAUGAUCAAAACGUUCUAACGCUUUCUCCUAACGGUCUAACGGCUAACUAAGUAUGUCUAAUAAUAAUAAUAAUAAUAACUGUUUAUUCAAAAAUCCAAAGCGGAAAGUGAAAAGGAGAUAAAAGAGGUUAUCCCUUUCUAGUUUAUCUCCUGAUAAUAAAAUACAUUAAGAAAUAAAUUAUUUACAACUGUUUGAAAUAGUAACUAUAUAUGUAUAUAAAACAUCACACAGUAAAAGAACUUAGUGUUCACUAGGAAAAUCUGUAAGAGAACGUCUCAGUCUGUUCUUGAAAAUAUUCAAAUUCUCCGCCUCAGCAACUUCCUUUGGAAGAUUGUUCCACUUAUCUAUUAUGCAUAUAAAAAAAGAAUGUUUAAAACUAUUUAAAGUUGCUGAUGUAAGCUUAAGUUUAAAAUGAUGGUUGGCUCUUAAGGGCUGAAAAUCAUGUGCAAAUGUGAAAAAUGCCAAGGGAUCAAGUCCAUUAAGUCUAUUUAUUGUCUUAUAACACUCGAUAAGCGACGAAAAUAAUCUUCUUUGUUCAAGUGAUGACCAUUUAAGGAGCUUUAGGCGUUCUUUGUAAGGCAUGUCUUGCCCAAUAUUUCCAAGGGCACAUUUAGAUGCUCUACGUUGUACUUUCUCCAAGGUGUUUAAGUCCAAGUGUUUAAGUCUAACGGAUGAAGAAAACAUUCUAACGGUUACGCAGUUUGUUCUAACGGAUGACUGGAGCCGUUUAACGGUUGUCUAACGCUCUACAUCUAGGGACUUUUAACGUUUGUCUAACGGUUUACAUCUAAGGACUUUUAACAAACGAAUAGCGUAACAGUUACUUUCAGUCAGAUGUUAUAAACACAUGAUCGUGCAAAACCAUUACUAGUCUUACACUCGCGAUUUAAAAAAAACGAGUCACAAAGUGCCGAUUUCAUCAGUCGUCGAUGAGACAAGCAUUAAAAAAAUUAUUUCCAUGGUGAGCAUUAAUCGAGAGCAAAACUCAGGGAUAUAAACUUUCACUUUCUCAUCGAGACGAAGAAACUCAGAAUUCGAGUCCUUUAUUAUCGUGUGAGAAGCAAACCUAGCAUCCCUAAACCUGUGUGUAAACAAUUUUAAUUGCCAGUCGUGGUGAACAUUUUUUAUUGUUUUACUCAAAUGGAUUUGUCUUAACAGUAACAGUUAUAUUUACGUGUCAUAAUUCCGAAGUAUUUGUAUGUAAUUAAUGACCCGCCUUGACGGUAAUUCAGUUUAUGCUGCAAAAAGGUUGAAUAAACGAUCAUUAUUAUUAUUAUUAUUAUGAGCACAUACCAAUUCCUAGUGUUUCAACCCCUUUUUAGCACAAAAUUACAUUCCAUACUAGACCUACACUGUGGUCCAAUUUUGAUAUGCUGUUCGAGAGCACUUUCAUUCCAAAGCUUUUGUAUAUUUGGAAUGUUAUAGUAUACAUUGUUCUAGGAAACCUGUGAAAUCAGGUAGACCAUUCUAGAUCACGAGUACUUAAAUCACAACCCUGUUGAUGAUACAUAGCAGUAUUUGGUAUUACAAAAAAUAUUGAUUGAUCAGCAUCCGCAAAAAGCAAGUGAAGUGAUACUUAUGAAACCUAGGCAAAGGCAAGUGCCUCAUUUGCCCUUCACUUAGCUAUCCCCUUUUGAGUUUGUACUUUUAUUGGUAUAUGUGAUAAAAUGGAAAUUUUUUCUUGUGAUGUUAGUAACUACUUGGACCAAGUUGCAGAGGAGAUCAAUGACACUCUUCAAGAGUCUGGACAAGUCGUUAUUUCAGAGCUCAGCAAAACAUUUUCAUUUGCAACUGAUUUCCUUCUGGAGGUACAUGUCGUACAUUACUUAGAUUAAUGUUUGGGUUAUGUCUACCUAAUAAAAAUGUUAUGUACUGUAAUUUCUAACAUUUUUUCAUACACACAUGCACUGACAUUUUACAUGUUAGCAUCAGCAGUCUCUUAUAAUUACCCACUGACAUAGAGCUUUGGUUUGUUGAGGGAACAUCUGUCUCAAUUUAUGCCAGAUACAUGUAACUCCUGUAAUAAUGCAUAAGAACUCUUUUUAGGGCUUUUUCUCUUUCUUUUGGGCAAAAUUUUUUUCCUCUCUACUGUAACAGUAAAUUUAAGAAAAUCUCCUCUGGAGAAUCUUCUACAUUUUAAACUAAUCUAGUAGGAUAUCACUUAGACUUGCCACAAAUCGACUGCGUGAUCCCCGAUGGUGCAAGUGACACUCGCGAAGUGAGCAAAAGCAAGUGAUGAAGACAAGCGACAUAGUGGCGACUGACCACCAACUAGCACAAACCGGAAACUGGCUUUGAGAAAGUCUAGAUAUAACUGUGCAGUAUCUGUAACUUAUACCUUCCCCACAAUGCAUUGUUUUCCCCUAAAUUUGUUACAACUUUAGCAUUCAAUUUCUUGAGGAUUGAUUGUUAGUCCCAAGAGAGAUUGACAGUGAUACUUAAGUAAAAAUUAAUUGUGUGUAAACGAAUUGAACUGUGGGGAUCAUGCAAGUUGCAAAUAGACUUUUGGACACUGUACUCUUGCAGUGUGCUUGUCAUUAGCAUUAUGUUUCAACAAGAAAGAAUUCAUUUUCUUUAUUCAAAGCUUUCCUUUCUGAGAUAGCUCUAACAAUUUUUGGCUAUCAGAACUUAUUGAUUAUGGGGGGUUUUAGAAGUUUGGUGUUUAUCUACACAUUUGCAAUAAAUUGAUUAAUGGCAAAAGACCACUUAUGUUACAGAUGUAUUCUGAUAUUCUUCCUUUAAAUACAUUUGCUUGUUUUGUCUUCUAAGGUUGUUGAGGCCCGGCUGGGAACAAUCAUCCAUGGUCAACUUGAUCAGCUUGAGAGAGGUGUCCUGUUUACUGAAGCGUUUGUGGCUCGGCAGAUGGCUUGCAUCAGAGGAGUAUUCAGUGCUGUCACAAAGUACUUAUUACUGUCUUCUUAUAGAUUUUGUCUUGUUAUGUUUACCUACAAAAUUUUUGACUCUUGGUUGACUGUACUGGUAUUAUAAUGUAAAGGGUUUAUUACUACUACAUGGGGUUGUCCUUGCCUCCUAACCUGGAGUAGUCAAUCAAUAAAAAUCGAUAUCAAUAAAUUGUUUAUUGAUAAAAAAUAAUCAGUAAAUCUGAUCAAUCAAUCAGUAGAAAUCAAUGGCAUGCUCGUUUUGUUUAUCAAGAUAUUUUAUUUUUACUGAUUUCCUCAAUUUCUAUAGUAAGAUAAAUCUCUUCUGUUCAUCCAAAAAUGAAAACUGAUUUCAUGCAAGCAGUGAAUUUGUUGUCAGUUGAGUUGCAAUUGAGAGUCGAAGGAUCAAACAAUUAUCACUUUUUAAACAAAAUCUUUAAAAAAGUUUUACUUUUCAUUAAAACUAGGUUAAAAAUCUUCUUCUGAUAGCCAGGUUUGUAGGCACCCAGUUUUUCAUGAUUUAGACCAGUUCCGGUCGUAGUUACAUCCCGGAGUAGCCAAAAGAGAAAAAUUGAAAUCAAUAAAAGUAGUUAGCAAUCAAGUGAUUUUUAUUGAUUGAUAACAAAAAACAGUGAAAAACUAUAUAAGGAAAUCUUUUAACCUGAAUUUCAGACAUCCCUUCGACUUGAGGGAAUGUCUGACAACAGCCGGGCUAGGAAAUCUUUAUCUAAGGUUGUAUUUCUCAUGAUACUUGCCUGCAAGAAAUGAACAUAAAAACCAAAAUGCACAAAAUAAAGGGUUUUAGAGAGAAACUAACUUGUGUCUGUAAUAGUUUCCAUAUAAUUUUUUCAUUUUCAUGUUUGUUGAGCGGUUGUUAUUCGUGGAUGUAUGUGUUUUCUCAGCUGUACUAGUCUAACUUAUGCCAAAAAAGAACUUUGGCGGACUUCCAUUAUAAAUCUUUAAAAUCAUGAGGAAUUGAUAAUAUCGUGUCAACGCAACAAUUUAAUUUAUUGAUUUUCACCGAGUGCCAUUAUCAAUAAUUGAUAGAAAUCACUUGAUUGCUACCUAUUUUUUUGAUUGACUGACUCUGGGCUUUAAAAUGGCUCAUGUGGUAAUGUAAACAAGCCAGGUUCAUCUUAAAAUGCUGAUGAGGGUAUUUGGUACAAAUCAGUGAAGGAGGCAGGUGCAGAAAGCUAUAAAUGCCUUUAGAUUUAAUGUCAAACUAUCCCAUUGUUUAACAAGAAAAAAAACACGAUUUGGAUCAAGAAACUACCAAGAAGUCUCUGGAAUGUAAAGGAACAACUGCACAGUACAUACAUGUACACUUUACCGAAUAUCAUAUCAUGGGGGUAUGGGAGACAAGUACAGUCUGGAUAUUAUGGCACUAUCAAAGCAAGACCCAUGCAUGCAUAUACAGUCAACUCCCGAUAAUUUGAUCUAGGGAAAUUGAAAAAAGUUCAAGUUAUCGGAAGUUUGAGUUAUUGGGAGUUUGAAGCAAAUAACCGGAAAUAAGAAAAUUAAUAAGCAAAUAGAUGGCAAGGGAAUGCAAGUGUCAUGCACACUUCACAUCAACGGCAGCAAGAGAUAUAGAUUGAUAUUUUAUAAAAGGAAUUAAGGAACAAAGCUUGAUUAAUAAACAGGGACGGACACUAAAUUUGAGCUGGAGUGACAUAAAAGUAGGGACAAAGAAUCAACACGGUUGUUUUGAAAUAAUUCAGUGUUUCGGACUUUGGUAUACUUAUUUUUCCCGACUUGCCAUUGGCUGUACUGAAACAUGGUUUGAGUUAUUGAGGGUAAAAUUGUAUAGAAAUGAUCUGAAGGGAAACAGAAAUAACUUUUACAUGUAGUUAGCAGGAGGUUCGAGUUAUCAAGGGUAAAAUUACACGAAAUGUUUGAAGGAAAUCCUGGGGAAAUUGACUUUGGUUUGAGUUAGUGUGAGGUUUGAGUUAGCGAGGGUUCGAGUUAUUGGGAGUCUACUGUAGUUAGAAAGAGCACAGCGGGCUUUACAAAAUCCCCAAGUUAGGUGUAAUGUUAGGGAAAUAUUGAACAAGAUACAGCCAUACAUAAUCUUAAAAAUUUUUAAGGAAAUGUAAGGAUUACCAGUCACUUGUCCGGACAUCUUUCAGUAAAUCUUACUGCACUUCUUCACAAACUGGAUUUGAUUUUUCCAGGCCCACUCCAUUGUCUAGUUUAAUGACUCAGUAUGCAUUUCAAGAAAAGCUUAUUUACAGUAAGUUGGUUUAUCUCUUUUUAAAAAAGCUACACAAAACUAUAUAGUAUUAAGACUAACCUGGCCUUCAAUGACUUGUUUUUUUUGUAGUAAUGUUGUUGUUCACCUGAAGGUCACUCUUCUUAAUUAUUGAUUACACAGUAUUGUGUACAGAAGUCAUUUUAAUAGCCCUUAUGCAUCCAUCUUAAUGUCAGUCUAGCUAAUUUCACCAGCAAUCCGCGUUUUUAAUUAUCUGCAAAAUUUUACACGAGUGCCUCUAAAGGUGAAGGAUACAUGUGCAUAUAGUGGUUAAAUUUGUUCAUCUAAGGAAACAUGCAUUAGGGAUAAUUUACUGUAAGGAAAUUUAGAGGCAACAUGUCAAGCAAGGCCUGGUAGGUGUGCACAUUAGCAGGUGUAGGAUAAACUUCUAGACUAGGUCAAAGUUUAUUGGUAGUUUUAAUAACAAGAGUUUAAACUAUUUUAAACCUUAUUGUAGUAAGACUUUAAAGCCUGCAGUCACUUUUUGAUACCAAGUUGUCUCUUUGUAAUGUAAUUUCUUGAGUGGAGAUUAAUUUCUUGGAGUUUAUUCUUUGUUAUAGCUGAUAUUGACCAGUUGUGUGCUGAAGGUCGCAUAUCAGGCAGUAUCCAAGGACGGCAGGACAAGGCUGUUUUUGUUCCUGACAUUUACUCCAAAACACAGACAGCUUGGAUAGAUGACUUUUUUAAACAGAAUGGUUAUAUUGGUAAGAAACGUACAGUCCUGCGUAGUUAGAAAGAGAAAAGAAAGGAUAGAUUGAUUUAGCAAACAUGCAUUUACAUGAUUGUAUUAAUGUACCACUGUAGCUUAAGUAUUGUUUUUUUUUUUCACUUACUUUAUUCAAUCACACUGAUAUAAAAUACAGAAAAUACAUAAUUAUUAUUUCAUGUUAUCCUUAUUAUUAUUCAAUCAAAAUAUUUUGCCAUUUCAUAUUGUCUCCAAUUCCCUGGCUAUUUUUUUUUUUAACCAGCUGGCCCCCACUUUUUUUGGAAGAUUUUAUAACCCAUUGAUCAACCUUGUUUCUAGGCAGAGUCGUGGUUGAAGUCAGCUCUCAUAUUAAGUGUUGAAUUAUGCAGAUCUCAGAUGCUUGGUGGAUGAUAUUCCCCUUGAUCUGCAUAAUUCUUCACAUACUCAGCCUCAUGUUCAAUAAUUGUUAAUUGACAAGCAAAAACUGAAUUCUAUAUUCUCUUCUUGAGAAAACUGUAGUGCUAUCGAAAAUAAGUCUGCGGUGAGGCUAGAUCUUUCAGGACUAUGAAAUCUGUCUGUAAUGUAACAAGAGAGUAUCAUGUUUGCAUUUUCAGAAUAUGACGCAUUGUCACGGCUGGGCAUUACUGAUGGAAGACAGUUUCUAAAGAAAAGAUUUCAAAAGUCAAAGGUCCAGUUUCUUCCCACCUGCUGUGUUGGGGAGUCAUUACAGGAUCAAGUGGAAGCUGCUAUAGAUGAGGCCCUCUCUACUGCGGAGUGGGUGGAUAUACUGGUGAGGUUUACUUAGGUAGUAACCAUGGCAACACAUAAAUUGUAGGCUCGAUUACCAGCUGUUGUUUAGGAGAUACAGUUGUAAGCCUACGCCCCUCCCCUUCUCAGGAAGCAACAAGACCGGACCUGAGAGAGCAGCAGAAAUCGAGCCCACGUGGAAUAGGUAUUACACACACUAUAAUAGUACAGUACCUCUAAGUAAGGGUGGUCGAUGUAGCAAUAAGGCUGGUAUCCACAGAGGCUCUCUGAAUCAUGAACGAGCCUGUCCAUUAAUUUUAAUUAAUGCAUUUGCAGUGAUUUAGGAGAAUUACUUACAUUUUUUAUAUGGAAAUAAUUAUUUCUAGAGAAGGUAAAGUUGUGGUGGUGAUGCGUAAAAGAAAAAUGCUCUUUUUAACGUGUUAAUGCACAGGGGGCCCACACAAUCUGUUUGUGUAGCCUAUUGUUAUUUAAGAGUAAAUGUACUGGAUUUACCGUUUGCUUCACCUAUAGCGAUAUAUUGCUAACUAUGUAUAUAAAUCAAUGAUAAAUAAACGUUGAAUUACCUUGCCUGUGGUGUAUAGUCGUCCUUUUGCCUCAAAAGCAGUUUUUUGAGCGAUUUUGAAUGAAUUUGAGUUCGCCGUUGACUGUUCCAUAUUAUAUGAAUGAAUAUUAUAUGAAUAUAUGAAUGAAUAUGAAUAUGAAUGAAUUUGAGUUCACCGUUGACUGUUCCAUAUUAUAUGGAACAGUCAACGGCGAACUCAAAUUCAUUCAAAAUCGCUCAAAAAACCGCUUUUGAGGCAAAAGGACGACUAUGCACCACAGGCAAGGUAAUUCAACGUUUAUUUAUCAUUGAUUUAUAUGCAUAGUUAGCGAUAUAUCGCUAUAGGUGAAGCAAACGGUAAAUCCAGUACAUUUACUCUUAAAUAUCGAUCGGCUACACAAACAGAUUGUGUGGGCCCCUGUGGUUAAUGCAGAAAACGAGCGUGUGCUAUGUGUGUGCUUUGGUUAGCUUACUGCUCACAGUCUGUAUUGUAGCUUUACUGUGAGGGGCAAUUUUUUAUUCUGCAAGAUCAGGUGUUUUUAUUGUGUUAAAGACAAGUAAGGUUUAGGUAAAGAUGAAAAAUAAUAGUAUCUGUAUAAUUUGAAUGUCUUUACUACAGUUAACAGUAGCAUGGGGGAUUGGGAGAGAUUUUAGAGAGCUUCAUUGCAGGUUACAUGUCUGUUAUUUUACUUGCGUAAUGCCUUUGACUGGCAACUGAAUCCCCAUUCACUUUUCUGUCAGCCUCUUCUUCCAUCACCGUUCACUGCAGAGGAUGCUGGCCAGCUAUUACAGAGUUGCCUUAAAGCUGCUGGUCGCUCAUCAGCUCAUGUAUUCUGUGACAGUAUUGUGGUCAGUGAACAAUUUCUUCAAAACUGCAAAGACCCAUUCCAACAGCUGAUGCAAGACAAGGCCAAGACGGUUAGUGUUUAUCAGAAAAAGUUCAUUAUGGUCCAAUUCUGUCAGUAGCAAUUGUCCGUUAUCACAAAACCUAUCUGUUUGGGUUAUAGAGUGGAAUUUCUACUAACCGCUACCACGCCUCAACUCCUCCUUUGGCCCUAGUGAACAGUCCAUACUUGUACAUUCAUUUUUGUUUUUACCUCUCUACAUCAGUUUCGUCCCCGCCACCAAAGUGACAUUUCUGCACGAAAACUGUGUAGAAAGGGAUGUACUUUUUUUCAUCAUGAUGAUGAAAGUGAAAAUUGAACCAACGCUCACGUGUCAGUAGUUGUGAACUUACGCAACAGGACGGGAUAGGAAAGAGGACGGAAAACCUUGUGUGACAAGCGUGACAAUAAUUUUGUUUGAGAAAAUCUUUCGCCAAACUUCACAUUCCUUUAAACAGAUCUUUUUGUAGAAGAGCAAACAACAUCUAUGUUAAUGAAUUCCCGUCAAAACACGCAAGUAAUAGCCCCGUCACGUUUGUCACACUCACGCGUUUUGCCGUCCUGUUGUGUAAACUCAUUAGUAUAAUUAUGUCUCAGGCCGAGAAAGGUACUAGUUGAGGACACCAAAAGAUUAUAUCCGUGACUCUUAAUUACUUUACCUUCAGGAUUCAGUGAAGGCUCCGGCCCUGUUUUCAGAGCUCACGAGGAAAGACUUAGCCUCCUUGGGCGCAUCAGGAGGAGGCUCAGACCGCCAGUCAAAGAAGGAGGAGAGGAGGAAGAAGGCAGCUGCUGGAGGCAGCAAAGGAGGGGGCGGCGGUGGAGGAGGAGGUGGUGGAAGCGGCGGGGGAGGUGGAGGCAGAGGAGGAAGAGAAAGCAAGACACAGAAGGUAUUUACCAUGGAUUAUAGUUUCUUAUCAUGAAUUAAUCUCUCUACCGUAACACUGGUCAUCUUCAAAUGGUCGUAACCAGUCAGUUUGGCCAAAGUCAACUCAUCAACGGUUGUUAAUGAUACUGGAUUUCCCGCCGGGAGAGGUUGUGUUAUACUUGUCCCUUAAUGUGUUCUAGUUGUAUUUUCACCGGCGAAAAGUCGGUUUACCCAAGAAAAAGACAAGUUGGCAAAAGCAGUAGGCAGUCCGUAAACCUCACCGUACAUGCAAGUAUCUUGAAACUGUUAUUCACCAUUUUCACAUAGACCAUAAUGCACCUUGUUUACCCCCUCCCCCCCCCCCAAAAAAAAAAAAAAAAAAAUUUUGCACAGCCGUUGUUCCCAAUUCUCCUGGGCAUUACAGUCAUCACAGGGGAAAUCAAAGACAAAGGUUAUGCAAAAUGUUUGGGGGAUGAACAAGGUGCAUUAUGGUCUAUGUGAAAAUGGUGAAUUUCCUGAAGAAACAACAGAUGAAAGCAAAUACAAUCGCAUUUAGUGAGAGUAAAUUAACGAAUAAGCAGAAUAUGACAGGUGUAAGUUAUCUUAAAAAUACUCUUUUAUGGGUUUCUGUGUGUAUCCAAUCAACUAUAUUCUAUGUAGCGUAGUAUCAACUGUAGUAUAUGGAAAAUAGUAUCAACUGUCAACUUCUCAUUUCAUUUUGACAGGUUCGUGAUAAGAAGAAAGACCGAGCAAGAGAAGAAGAAGUGGAGGAAUUCACGAGACCUAAACAGAGUUCCACUGAAUUACCAUUCGUGUCUGUGGAAGAGGUUUGUUUGUUUGAUAUGUUACUUCAUAUAAGGCUCUGUCAUAGUGAGCAUGAGUUGUCAGGGGAUGAUGUUUGCUAACAAUACAAAUGAACUUGUGCGGGUGAGUGAGUUGCAUGAAGAUUUGAUUUGUCAAUCACAGACGCCACACAGAACGUUCUCUUUUGAGUUAAGCGAUCUCAGGCAUGCGUUGUUUGUUUGACUCGACUUUGUGCGAACAAGACCCUAAGUGAACAUGCCCCGAGCACAUGUCUGCGACAUAACACAGAUCGGUCGCCGAUUGUAUCCUUUUCGUUGGGUAAAUUUGUUGUUCUCUAAAUUUCAUGUUGUGUUGCAGAUAUCAGAAGAGUUGCAAAAGAGAUUUCCAAGCUGCUCUGAAGAACUCGUGGAGGAACUCGCAAAUCAUCUUUUCAGGUUUGUUUUGCAAGAUUCACAGAUGAAGUGUCAGUUACUUUUAUAUGUGCUUUGUGUUAGUUUUUUCCCUUUUCAUGGAGUAAAAGUGCCGGUCUUGGUCAGGCGCGGAUCAAGAAUUAAUACUGACCGAUUUCCUACUUCUAGGGAGGUCUGGGAGUAUGGUUCCCCGGGAAAUGUUUUUGAUGUUAACUCCUCAAAGUCCCCUUUCCUGGGUUUCUGAGUCAUUCAGACAGGAUAGGUACUGACUGUUCAAACCAUUUUCCAGGUUUCAACUUGGAAAGUUUAAAGUUUUUUACUAAAAAUAUAUUUCUUAUAAAAAAUCUGACCGAUUUCCGUAAAACGGUGAAACCAGUAUGGAUCCGCGCCUGUUGGUCUUAUGGUAUCUUGCAUUAUUUUCACAAACGUCCUUUUUUUUCUGAUAACGAUCCGAUGAGAUUGAAACGGUAACAGACAUUGACCGAAAAGGUUAAUUUUAAGGGUGAAAUACUAGAAAAUCUCCCAGACAAAGGACUAUAGUAUCUAAAGGAAGCGUCCACCUUUGGUUGGCCAUCUGCCCGAUGACGUUUCUUUCAUAUUACUGUGGCGAGAAUCCAUUUAACUUUUUACCCUUGAUAUUUAAUUUAAGUUUUUUUUAAUCUCAGCCCAGCAUGACAAAACAGCCGACAUUCACGCGACGUCCGCGAAAUGAGGUCUGAGAAAAGAGCGCAGAAAUUCCUAGCCUGUUCCAAGCGUUCAGAUAGUGGAGAGCGGUGCGAAGUAAAGAAAGCGAUGAAAAGUAGAGGGGCACUUCGCACCGCUCCCCACUAUCUGAACGCCUGGAACAGGCUAAGAAAUUCCAUACUGAUGACGCGUCACUACCCAGAUCUGGGUAGUGACAUUUCAUCAGUAUGGAAUUUCUGUACUCGUUUCUCAGACCUCAUUUCGGGGACGUCGCGUGAAAUGUCGGCUGUUUUCUCAGGCUAAGAAGAAGCGCGGACCUAAUUUGCUCCACUUACGUCCAGGUUUGCACGCCGCAGCAACAAAAAGCGAUUUUUUUGUGUGUGUUGUGAAAAAUCGCGUCUGACGAUUUUUCGCGUUUAAUAGUUGCGAUUUUUCGCAGUUCUUUGUCAUGUUAAUAAUCACUGAGGUCCAGAGCGAGUUGGCCAUUAUAACAAAAUUUGCAAAAAUUGCGAAAAAUCGCAAGUCUGACGAUUUUUUGUGUUACUUGCCAUUUUGCACAGUUCUUUGUCAUGUUAAUAACCAGUCAAUAGCCAGUCUGACGAUUUUUUGUGUUACUUGCCAUUUUGCACAGUUCUUUGUCAUGUUAAUAAUCACUAAACCAGACUGAGUUGCGGAUCUAACAAAAAUUGCGAAAAAUCGCCAGUCUGACGAUUUUUAGCGUUACUGGCGAGUUUUCGCAGUUGUUUGUCAUAUUAAUGAUCACUAAACCAGACCGAGUUGCAGAUUUAACAAAAUUUGCGAAAAAUUGCGAAAAAUCGCCAGUCUGAUUCCUCCAAUUUUUCCCAAAUUUUGCUACUGCGUGCAAACUUGGACAUACUAAUUUGCACGAGAAAGAUAUACCCUAAAGUAUUGUGGUAGUAGUAGUAGUAGUAGUAGUAAAAUGACGUCAUGGUACAAAUGGAAUUAAUGAAAACUUUUCUUUUGUUAUGAUAGACCGCUGACGCAGAGUUAUCAGGAGGUAGCUCGGUCUGUCUUCCUGGCCACGGGCGAUAAAAAACGAAAAAGUCAUUCUGAAGUACAAGAAAAGGUCAAUGUGUUGUGGGCAAAUGCCAAGCUUUUUGACAAAGGAAUCAAGUUGUUCAACGGUAGGCUAACUAUGUAUUUGAAGUUCAACCAGGCGCGAAUUCGCGGGGAGAUAAUCCACUUCCAACUUUCAAAAUCUGUUGAAGUUACUUUUGUUUUAUUCGCAUGGGAAUGAAAUGCAAUCUUAACAUCAGACAUCAUACUUGUACAUGUCUGGCAAAACAGCCUAACGGGAAAGCUGAAGUGGCCUAUUGGCACUUUUCUAGGUUUCUAGUUCCGUAAGUUACCACAUGUCAUUAACUUCCCAGAACAAAUGUUUUGUAUGAUCAUAUGAUAAUACUCUGGAGAACUGUUUCAUUCAAAUUUCGUCUUAUUCCCGUACAUAUGUAGUCAUCAUUUAUGAAAUGGGACCUCCAGUGAGAAAACAAAACAUAAAAGCGAAAGAGGUCUAUUCUCUUUGACGUGAAAGCUGAAAAAUCACAUGCACGGUUUCUCCUUUGGAAUAUCAAUUUGAUUGUUGUCUUUUUGAUAACUUACACCGGAUUUUCUGGUCUAUAACGUAUUUUCGAUUGUUGGUGGGCCUCUUGUGUUUCGUUUUUUUGUGUGUGUUUGUUUGUUUUUAAAUUACAUAUUAACCUUUUAAGUUCUGUAAACUGUUAUUUCCAUAGAUGAUGUUCAAGUGCAGUUGUGUCGUCAUCUCUUGAAAACUGUGUGCACAGAUAUAGCAAACCAAGCUGUCAGCCUGUUAGCCGCUGAACACAUGCUGACGAUUAACGACGACUCAGCCCUAACAACUGAGGUAUGCUGUUUGGAAUCUCUGAUUAUGGGAGACACCGGAAGUUGAUUCAAGGACUAGUCUCUUACGCAGUUCAAUCAACUUGGGGAUCAAUCACAAAAUAACCAUCCUGAGCGCCUUAUCAGCUUUCCUUGUCUCGUUUUGCAUAGGCAUUGUAAACGUUUCGCAAAAACUCAGCGACAGUAGCGUAUACUACGCGUGUGUUGGUUAACAGAGUAGUUACAUUGUUUUAGCUAUUGUUUACAAUGUGGUCUAAACGCGAAGAAUACUUUUUGUUGACGCUGAGUUUAUAGCUCCUCCUAAAACGAGUAUAGACUAUAAAAAACCCCACUUUAUUAUGUAAACAUUUUUGCGUCAUCAGUAAGGCUUUUUGCCACUGAGUCAAUGAAUGGAAAAUUCAUGGUAAAAAUGCAAAAAAGGGCAGGGACCCCCUACGCUUCCCCACUCAUUUCGACUUUCAAUGAAUGGAAAAUUCAUGGUAAAAAGGGCAGGGACCCCCCCUUCCUCAGAAGUCGAUCCCACUGUAAGGGGGGAUCGGACACGCAUCGCCUUCUCGGAGAUUCGUCUGCCAUUUUGUCUUUUUUCGACAUAGACACGACUCAUUUUUGACUGGGCCACAGGUAGCCCAAUAAUUAGCUUACCCUGGGAGCGAUAUCAGUUGCAGUCCAGUCUCUUAGAGAGCGAACGAGAGAAGAAGGGAGGUACAAGACCUUUGUGACUGGCCUGAGAGAGGCGUCCUCCACAUCAAGAGAAAAAAGUGACUCGGGAGUGGUAGGGACCAAUCCUAUAGGGCGCUUUCUAUCUGUCAGAACUGUCCGGCCAGACCAGACCCGUCGUGGCAAAUACGAUAAUUUCACUUUUAAUCUAAACGCUCCGGCUAGAUCAGUGAAAUCCUAAAUAGUGUGCACGGAGGAGAACGUUUUUCAGCAAAACUCUUAGACAAGAGCCUAUUUCACUUUCAAACUGACUGGUCUGGCCGGAUAGUUUUGACAAAUGGAAAGCGCCCCCUAGAUCUAGGUGUCCGCUAAAAAAGGCCAGAGGAACGGGCUGAAUGCAAGGAUCAAUUCUAAGGGUCCGUUUUAGGAGGUGUCGGCUACGAGAGAGUUAAAAUUCUUCCUUGCGCAUUUUGUUAUUUCCCUGCUAUCAAUGUGCCAAAGUAAUUAACUGAGUAAAUUUAUUUUUGUGCACAGGAUCGCCUUAAGAUAAUCUCCAAACUUCCGGAAAAGAUAAAACCUGAAUUGGUGAAGCUGAAUUCGACAUUAAAUGGAAAGGUUUGUAUACUCUGUAUGUCCUCGUAGUUUUGAUGGGCUAUCUUCAUUAUUCCUGGUGUCAUUCGACUGAAAAGAGUUACGGUAAAAUUUUUCUAUAUAAUUUCCAAUAUAACCUCAAGGCAAGUCCUUAAUGGCUCACAUACGGAGGGGCAUAUUAUCGGGGACUUUAAUGCGGUUUGAAUUUGGGGGACUUUGGAGGACAUUUACGACAGCGCAGGUAUGGUUACAAUGUAGUUUGUUACGGUUUGAAAAUCUCUCGUAGUUUCAGUCAAAAGGCUACCUAAGUUAUUUUGUAUCCAGAAGAAAUCUGAGAUCCGUUACUCAUUGUUUCGUAGGAAACAGAAGAGUUCUUUAAUCAGUUUGACGUUAUCUGUGGUCCUGAAUUCUGCGAAUUCAUGCUGAAGAAAUUGGAUAAGAAAAGGGAAAGGUGAGUGUGUGACAAACUUCAAAUGAAUUCUUCAAAGUCAGGAUUUGAAUGAAGUACCAGAACCUAAUAUUCCGGUGUCAUAAAGAUAUCUAUGAUUCAUUAAAAUAUUUCGCUGUGUCUGAGCGGCUCCUCCUCGGCGAAUAACAUCCUCUUUGAUAUGUAUAAUUCACUUUACAUCCUACCGAGCCUCAUUCAAUUAUUGUUUUAAAACCAGCCCCUGAUCAGAAACCUGAUUUUGAUGUACAGACCCUCCUCCCCUCAGUAAAAAUCGGAGAAGAGCCCUUCUCCGAUUUUUACUGUCUGUACACAUGCCAAUGGACUUGUUUCUAGUUGAAUGACAACUCUGAGUUGAUAGGGUUGUCACUAAGAUUUUAAGUCGCUUGGUAGAUACAAAAAGUAGGCGGGGAAUCAAACAGCUAGGGAUUUCGUUUGGUUCUAUUUUUCCUCCAUUUUCCUUGGAAAGUAGCCGAGGACACGUUCAUAGUAGCUGGGGGAAAAUCCCCGCCUCUUAAUGACAGCCCUGAACAACUCUUGUCUGUAGGCGCGUAAACUUUACAUAGGGCGGAACUGGCGUAGUGUGUUUCCGACUGAAAAAGUGCUAAAUACAGUAGAUCCAGGUCAAAGACCUGAUUUUGAACUACGAGUGUGUAGUUUAGUCUUAACUCGUCUGUUCUUAAUUAAGUUUUCUAUGAGGCGAACACCUUGCUGAAGCGGAACUGGUAUCGAAAUUGUUCUCCUAAGAAAGAGCUCACUGCACUGUGGACAAUUAUUUUUCAUCAUCAAUUCAAAAAGCUAGUGAAUAGGUACACUGCACUUUACACACAGGGAUAAGUAGCGCAGUCUUUAGUGUCAGCUGGGUAUCAUACUAGCUCAGUAAGAUGUUUUAAAAACUGUUGGAUUGUCAUUGCAGACAGCUGACGGUAGAACGGCGCUGUGCUCUUCAAGAACAACUGCGGCAAGAAAACGAGCCCGCCAUGGCUCUUCAUCUGGCGGCAGCGGUACUAUUCCAGCAUUACACGGGAUGCAUGUUGCACGCCCCCGGCCGGUGCGUGCCGCAGAUCAUAGGCUUCCUGAAAGAUAAACUAACUCCUGAAUCCUAUGAUAAAUUAAACCAGUAUGUGACGCUAGUCAUUAAAAAACUGUCUGGGACUGAGGACUCUUCGGUGAAGAAUGGUCACGAAAGCGAGUCAGCUGAAGACCAGGAAGAGAAAACAACAGCGGCACAGCUUGAAGAAGGACUUGAAGAAAUUAAGCGAAUAGCUCUCGAGAUUAAAAAGGUUAAGGAGGACACUUAAUUACAAUACUGUCUGUACAGAUCAAAAUAUUAAAGUUUUAUCAUUAACGAC